UUAUUGUUGUUUGCAUUAAAUUCCAUGUGGAUAAGGCGUGUUAAAUUCCGUGCAAGAUCAUUUAAAAGUAAAAAGGAAGAACGUGGGGAGUUUUAACACAGUGUCAUACAGAUUUGCACCGGUUUUAAAGUGUGAAGAAGCACCAAGAAUUGAGUUAAGUUCGUCAAGUAGUUUUCAAUCUGAUGGAAUGGUUGGUUGUUAUUAAAGUGCUGUUAUUAACUCUACCAGUAGCAGUAAUUAAAGCUGGAGAGAAUGUUACAUCUAUAUCAAAUCAACUGGUAUCUGGUAUAUUCUCUAACUAUCAUCAUUUUAUACGACCUAGAUGUAGCUCCAACAGCACGGUAUAUGUCGUCAUGGAUCUCGCCUUACGGCAAAUAAUAGAGCUGAAUGAACCGAAACAGAUUCUACACACCAAUUGUUGGUUGAGAAAUACAUGGAGUGAUUGUCGACUUAAAUGGAAUAAGUCAGAAUAUCAUGAUAUAGAUCAUAUAGUUGUACCAUCAGAUAAAAUAUGGUAUCCUGACCUUACACUGUAUGAUAGCAGUGCCGAAAUUUCAAAUGACGCAGUGAAAGAUUAUAGGAUUCGUGUAGACUCGGAUGGAAGCGUUAGUCAGCUUUUACCGAUGGUGUUGGCUAGCUUGUGCAACAUAGAUGUGUCAGUUUUCCCUUUUGACGAGCAAGUUUGUAAUUUGACAUUUGGUAUGUGGAUUUACAAUGGUUUAGAUGUAGACCUCGCUCCAUUAAGAGACGGUGACCUGUCCAAAUACGUACAACAUGUGGAAUGGUGGGUAAAAAGUAUGGAAGCCGAAAGAAUUGUGGGUAUAUACAAUGACAUACCAUUCCCUACAGUGGUGUACAGGCUUGUGUUGAAGCGAAAAUCAUUGUUUUACAUGAUCAAUCUAAUAUUCCCCUGUAUGCUGAUAUCAACAGUUGCCUUGAUGGGUUUUAUUUUGCCAUCGGAUUCUGGAGAAAAGGUCAAUUUAGAGGUUACCGUUCUGCUAUCCCUGGCUGUGUUUCAGCUGAUAGUCUUAGAUAUGAUUCCACCGUCAUCAGAGACCCUGCCAUUAAUAGGAUUAUAUUUUGCUUCCACAAUGGUAAUGGUAGCCAUGUCUUGUUUAAUGACAGUACUGGUGCUGAAUGUACAUUUUAGAGGUAUUCAUGGGAUGAAACCACCUCGUAUUUUAAAAAAGGUCAUUAUAGGGGGCUUGGGUAAAGUUUUCUGUCUACAGACCAAACUACAAGAAGAGAAAAUAGAAUCAAGUUAUCUAAAUGAGGAAGGAAUUAAAUAUAACCGCCAUCAUAAUGAUAUAUUUCAAAUAGAUUGUCCAACACGGAAACCCAGAGAAACUAGAAACAAUAAUGAUGAACUAAACCUUAAUACAAAUGGCGGCGUGGGCCAUCAUUUAUCUGGUGUUAUAUCCGACUUGUUACACAUUCAUCAAAAAAUUCUUUCGGUGCUUGACUCAAUAUCAAAUAACAUUGUUGAUAGUGACGAAUCAAAACGUGAUACCAAAGACUGGCAUCUAAUGGCCAUAAUACUGGAUCGUUUUUUCUUGUUGCUUUUCUUGUUGAUAUCUUUGUCCUUGGUGUUUGGUUUUGUGGUCAGGUAUCUCUUUUAGCGAGUGAAACCAGGAAUCUACGGAAUCGCUCAAAAUGACAUUGUAAAUAGAAGAAAAUGGUGUGAGCGGAAUGAUAAUUAUUAAAACAAAUAAAUUCCCUGAAUAUUACUUGUGUUAUUUGUUUAGUACUAUGGAAAGAAAAGAAAUUGAUUGAAUUCCCAGAUAGAACAUUGUAAAUGGUUAUUGCCAAUUCAUUGUCCGGAAUUUAUUUUUGUCAUAGAUAGAUGGAGGAAAUGACUGUUUUGUUCUUGGUUAUGUUGACAUAUGUAAAUAAUUAACAAAAUCAAAAUGUUAAAUGCUAAAGUGAAAGGACUUAUGACUAUGUAAUUUCUCACCGGAAAUGAAUGACGGAUACGAAACAAUGACUAAAAAAACCAUUUACUCUGUAAUUUAUUGUCGGUAUUGACACUAGUUGAAGUUCUGAAAAUAACUGUUGGUGAAUGGGGG